AUGGAUAGCUUUCUAAAAAAUACUACGGAAAUAUUUAAAAGGCAGUCAAGUGGUGGAUCAUCUCAACCAAUACAACGAAGAGGCUCCAAGUCGAUUUCCCUCCAGUCGCUAAGUGAACAAUCUAGUCCUUCUAAUGGCCAUUAUAGAGAAAAUACAUUACACAAUCAGCAGGAUUUAAGAAAUAGUGCUACAAGUAUAUCAACAAUGGCAAGAAGCUUGUCUAUUGCCAGUAGCUUAUCCAUGAGUCCUGGUGAACAACUUGAGCAGGACAGCGCCACUGAUAGCCAGCCUUCACUGACUACGAGUCAACCACUUGGCGAUUACUCAUCAAAUAGUGCACAUAGUUUAAAUGAACCAUAUAUUCAAGAUUCCCUUUUAAAAAAUCGAGCGAUAUCCAUGAGCUCUGGCUUGGAUGCUCCAAAUGGGCGACUAAGAAGAAAAGCUUCAAAAUCUAACAGAGUAACUUGGUUAGCGAGCGAAGGUCUUACGAAUUACUUCAAACGUCUCAUGCAAGACGAAAAAAGCGAAGAAAUGCAAAUGUGUCACUCUUACCAGGACUUCUCAAGUAUACCCGAGAUUGAACCUUACGGACCGACCAUUGAUAGCAAAGGCAGACGAUUAUCCUACCAAAAGGCAGUGUCAGGCGAGGAUCCAGUGCUGCCUGCUAGAUAUCAUGAUUUAACACAACGGAGAAGGACUUUUAUACCAGAACAUCAAGAGGCUAACUAUGAGUUAAAUAAGAGGCUAGACGACUUUACGAAGAAUGGAAUACCGACACUUCAGGGCUUCUGUGUUGCCACCAUACCCGACCAGGCGUUUGCUUAUCUUAUGUGGGCAGAGGGGGCGAAGAACAUAGAAGACUUUUACAGUGAUAAAGUUAUACCUCCACACGAGGAAGCGCGCCAAGCAGUCAUCCGUGAACUCGUAAACACCGAGGCCGACUACAUUAAACACAUAAUGGCUUUAGUCGAGGUAUUUAUGGCUGCAGCGCAUUCUCUCCAAGACAGUGGUUUCAUUCUGGAUGUUGACACAGAGCGUCUCUUCUCAAACAUUCCAGAUGUACUGAACGCCAGUCUACAUUUCUGGAACAUGACUUUUUACCCUAUGUUGAUCGAUGCUGUAGAAAAUGACACGAUUUUCAACUCCGAAUUUAUGGCUCUGGGAUUUUGUCAAUUCCGAGAACUUUUACAUCCAUACGAGAAAUAUGUUAAUGGACAAUCAAAGGCCAUAGAAUACUUACGCUCUCUAUCUAACAACUCUGAUUUUAUGACUUAUCUUGCUUGGUGCCAUAAGCAGAAGGAGUGUAAUCGUCUCCAGCUAUCGGAUAUGUUAGUUAAACCAAUGCAACGUCUCACAAAAUACUCAUUAAUUCUACGCAGAAUUAUUGUCAACACCGACUUCGAACCGGAGAGAACAUCGCUCAUUGCUAUGGAAACAUUUGCUAAAAACUACUUGUUGGAUAUUAACCGCUCCAUACGACAACGCGAAGAAUUAGAAAAACUUGAUGCAUUGGCCAACAGUGUCGACACUUUUGAAAUUGAUUUCAAGGAUGAAGACAUGGAUAGAUAUUUCAGAAUGUUUGCGCAGUUGAAUCUUAAAGCCCCUAUGCUUAACUGUUUACCAUCUCAUAGCAGAUGUCUUAUCUAUCAGGGUGAUUUGCGCUUUAAAGAUAAUGUGAAGGAGACUGAUGUUCGAGUGUUUCUCCUAACUGAUAUGCUGCUCAUUUGCAAGAAACUAUCUAAAGGCAGUACUUAUGCGUACAAGAUGAUUAGGCCUAAAUACAUGGUGGACAAGAUGCAUCACUUCCCCAAGUUUAGCCGUAGCAAGGAACUCGUAGCUUUAAUAUUCGUUGUACUCGAUGAUGUUAGUUCUUCUUACCAUUGCUUCACGUUAUCUGAGUCAUGUAAAGAAGAAAAACAUCACGGUCCCAUUAAAGUAAGCGUACUUCAGAUGUGGGAGCAUAAAGUAAAAGAAGCUAAACUGAGCUACGAACUCGCUGUGUGGUUUGCUAGGAAUCCUUCGCGCGACCUCUCUGAAGUGGAAAUGGAUUCAUCGUCAGAUUAUGCUCUCAGUUUUGGUAGCAGCACCAGACCGGGUAAGGCAGGGUCUGAAGAACUUAACAUUGAACGGGAGGCUCGGGAGAGAGUGGCUGCCAUGUUGCACCGAAGUAUGGGAGCAUCUACGGAAUACGAGUUCUCUCAAGCAUCCAUGGCUACUGACUCCUUCGAUGUCACCCAAGCCAUGGUCUCUGGUGAAAUAUCAAGUGGUCGUGGGUUCCGUUACCCCAUGCAUCGCACUUCUACUGGCGGUAGCUCACGCAACUCACGUUUAUCCAGUUUCCAACAAUCGAUGAGUGCUGCUUCUCACGAUGAACCUCAACCGGGACCCAGCCGAAUUGUUUUUCGUCCUGGUAGUUCCGUAGAGCAGCACGUCAUCCCUCCGCAGCAUCAUGAUGAAGUUGUCACAUCAAUCACCGUGAACGUAGUAAGCGAGAGCGAAUCGGAGACCGUCGUACCCGAUCCACCGCCGAUACCGAUACAUGCUGUUCACUCGCACCACGGCGCCCACGCGGCGCAAAGUACUCAUAGUGCGCAUAGCGGGCACGGCGUGCACAGCCGAGCGGCGAGCGCCAGUCCGAACACGUUGCGUGUGCAGCCGCAGAACUGCGUCAUGGCACUAGUGCAUAGCCUACCAGACCUCACCAUCGAGCCAGCAACGCCGCGUCCACCACAAAGCCCAAGUCCGCAGUCAGCUUCAGAGAAGCUCUAUCAGUCACAUAAUGAACUGCUCCAGCGUAACAGAUUGUUGGCUGCGCAGCAACAUCAGUAUCUUAGCCCAGACCAUCGCGGCACCAGCUACCCACCGCCCAGUCCAACAAGGGCAUCGCUAAGACGUGGACUGGCCUUUUCGUAUUCUUUUAAAUAUCCACCUCUCACCAAGAUGGGUCACGUUAAUAGCCAAGUUCAACUACCACCGGAACCAAUGCCGUCUACAAGCCAACACGCACAGUUGCCAAGCGAUACUCCAUCCACUGCAAAGAAGAGUGGAAAUCCGAGUCCAGUUGCUGCUACGGGCCCGGAAAAGGCGACGGGAGGCAAGAUCGGAAAAUGCAGUUCCUUUUUCAGCACAAGUGGAUGGCAGGCUAAAUUUGAUGGAUGA